AUGAGUCUUUAUCGGUCGAUUUGUUAUACGUUUUAUCCUCGACGUCGCCGGAAAUCUUAUCUUUUUCUGAUGAUUUUCGUCAUAUUGUUGUAUUAUUAUUAUCAAUUUCUUGAACUCUCGUCUUAUCCAACUGAAAUAACGAUAAUUUCGGAAGAUUUCGAUAAACUCCAAAAUCGAUUUCUCGAGAAAUCCAGUGAAAUAUUUUCCAAAUAUCUUCGAAGUCCGUACGAGAUCAAUAUUUGGAGAAUCAUCAAUGAAUCCAAUGCAAAAUAUGCAGACAAAUCUUCGAAUAACAAAUAUCUUGUUUAUUCUUGUCCAUUUAUGUGUGGAGGUUGGGGUGAUCGAACUCGUAAAAUCGUUGCCGCAUUUCUUCUUUCUCUCGCCUUAAAUCGCACAUUUCUUCUCGAUAUGACAUGGCCAUGUUCCAUUGAACAAUAUUUAACCGCGAAUCUCAUCUCCUGGUCAAUCUCAUCACAUCUUCAUGUGAAAAAUCUUUCCUCUGCAAUCAACAUAACAUCCUUAGCAUCAACUGAUCAUCGUCUAUUGGAAUCUUAUCAUCAACAAUAUUCCGUUCUUUAUAUUCAAACAAAAAACAUCGCGUAUUUCGAUCUCUUCUCGAAAUAUUCCUUAUUUUAUGAAGUUUUAUUCACUCGAUUUCGAAUCAAACGCGAACAUAUUCAAAUCAUAACAUUAUAUCCUCUUUUGUACGAUUUACUCAUCAAAUUACAACCGAAUCUACAAGACAAACUCGAUCGAUUGAACCUAACGGACUCAGAUCAAGAUGCGUUGUUAUGUGGACACAUUCGCAUUGGUCGGAACCCAUCAAAUCUCAAAGAUGUUGUCUUUCCUCAUCGUGAGAAAAUGAAUGUAACUGUUUUGAACUUUCUUCGAUCUCGUCCGGGUCGAGUUUUUAUUACCACAGAUUCAGGUGAAGUUCAGCACUUAGCGCGACAAUUGUUUUCAACGAAAAGUCCGCAGGAGAAUUCGCGAUUAAUCGAAAUUAAUGGAACGAUUGCGCAUAUCGAUCGAGACUGGAAUUACUUGGCGUGUGAAACGGUCAUUUCCAAGAGUUCAUUCGGACAUUUGGCGAUUCAUAGACGAAUUUAUCCGUACGAAGAAUUGUAUCUUUAUUGUAAUGGAAUUAAAACAAUUCAAAAUUCAAAUGAUUAUGAUCGAUACAAAUAUUCAACUUGUUAA